AUGUCAUCUACCACGACCACAGAGCAGAGCUUCCAAUGGCCCGUCAAGACUUCCGAGUUUCAGAAUCAUGCAGUAGACUCGACAAGAUGGAACAACUUUCCCUUCCGAGAUGACGAUGUCAUUAUCGUCAGUUGGGGCAAGUCUGGCACAACCUGGAUGCAACAAAUCCUCUCUCAACUCAUCUUCAGGGGUUCCGAGAAUGCGCCUAUCCAUGAAGCAUCACCUUGGUUAGACCUUCGACCCCUACCCGAAGGAUUUGCUGUCGGCUUGCUCGAAGCUCAGACCCAUCGUCGCUUUAUCAAGACGCAUUCACCAAUCGAGAACCUUGUCUACAGCCAAAAGGCCAAAUACAUCUUCUGUGCUCGCGAUGGAAGGGACGUCAUCUGGAGCAUGCACAACCAUCUGUUUAAUGCUACGCCGGCAUUCUAUGAGAUGAUGAACGAUACACCAGGUCGCGUUGGCCAUGCCGCGGAAAGGCCACCAGCGGACGUCAGGGAAUAUUUCCUUGACGUGCUCGAAAAUGAUGAUAGAGCAACAUUGACUUAUCCCUUCUGGAAUGUCAUUCGUGGCUGGUACGCUGCAAAGAACACGCCCAACUUACUCCUUGUCCACUUCAACGACUUGAAGAAGGAUCUCAAGGGCGAGAUUCAGAGAAUCGCGAAGUUCUUGGACAUUGAAUUGACCCAAGAGAUGCUGGCUGAGAUUACCGGACACUGCACCUUCGAUUACAUGAAAGCGAACGCCAAGAAGGUGAGUCCCGAGCAGGCUGCAUGGAUGUGGGAGAAGGGUGCGGACACUUUCAUCAACAAGGGAAGCAACGGCAGAUGGAGGGAUGUGCUCACUGAGGAUGAUAUCAAGCUUUACGAAGACAAGGCAAGGUCAGAACUUGGAGAGGAAUGUGCAAGAUGGCUUGCUGAGGGUGGAAGAGUGCAGCCAUACUAG